CCCACAGUAACUCGUCUUCACUGUCUAUGGCUUGAUUUGUCUGCUUCAAGUUCUUUGACAAAGAAAACUGCAGGUGUACCGUUUUGAAACAAGUCCUGAAGAUCACAUAAGACCAGUUAUAGUUGAUACAACCAAUGCGUCGAGGAUACUGAAGAUAGCUCAGGAGUUGAUUUAUUUCUUUAGUUGAUCAGAUGGGUGGGCAUGAAAUCACUGAGGAGCUCAACGAAGCAUUACAAUCAGAUCAGCCUGCAAACACCACAACAGCGAGUCUGCCUGGAACCAAUCAACCUGAGACUCAAGAUUCUUCCACUAGCUUGUUAGAUGUUGAUCUAAUGAUUGGACAUCCCUGGACGACAGGAUUGUUCGAUUGUCCUCAAGAUCAAAGAAAUGCCAUUGUUACAGCAUUUCUUCCUUGUGUAACUUUUGGACAGAUAGCAGAAGUAUUGGAUGAAGGAAAAUCUACUUGUGGCUGUAGGAGUUCCUGUUACUUCUUGCUGAUGCUUGCUUCAUACUCUCAAUGGAUUUUGAGUACGGAGUACAGAACCAAGCAGAGAAAGAAGUUCAACUUGGAAGAAGCUCCCUAUACAGAUGUGGCAUCUCAUAUUUUUUGUCCAUGUUGUUCCCUUUGCCAGGAGUUCAGAGAGCUUAAAAGCAGAGGACUUGACCCUGCUUUAGAGGGGAACCAACUCCAAACUCUGGAUGACAAAUCCAUCUACAUUGGCAACGACGGGCUCUGUGGAUCUCCACUAAGAAGUUGUGAAGAAGAGCAACCUCAACGUCCGGAGCAUGUUGAAAAAAAAGCUGUGAAGAAGUCUGAAAUGCUCUGGUUUUACUGUGGCUUGGGAGUAGGUUUCAUGGCAGGAUUUGUGGGAGUUUGUAGCACUUUAUACUUCAAAGAUUCUUGGAGGCAUGCAUACUUCAGAUUAAUCGAAAACAUCUACAACAAGCUCUGGGUAAUAGUUGUGAUAAGCAAAAAUCAGCUGCAGAGAAAGCUCCGUGGAGAUGAACAUGGAGGGCAAAUGUGAUGAGAAGGACUUCAAAGCUAUCAAUAAAGCUCUGCUCAGAGUCGGACGAGCUGCAGGUUGACUGUCAACCGUGCUAUUGUGAAUUGUUGCUGUUACUUUCUUGCCUUAAAACUCAGGACUAUAACAUGGGCUCGUCCAAUGUAUUUGGGCCUACUAGCCCACCUUUUUAAUUCUACCUUGCCUGUUGUUGUAAUUUAUAUAAAAAAAACUAUAUAUUAAUAAAUUUUAAGAUUAAAAAUUAAAAAAAAAAA